UGAAAGUGACGUACUUAGUUCGAGAAGUAAAAUUGCAAAACAAGUUUAAUUUUGUGCAUUUAGAUAUUACAAAACUUAAACGAGUUAAUAAAGUAUUUCUAACAUUCUUUGUGUAACAGACAUUUAGUUAUUAAUAAUUAAAAGUAAGGGAAAAUGCCGAAACCGCAUUUCGAAAAUAAACAGACGUGGAUAAAACAUGAUCGUGAACGAGAUAGAGAUCGUAGAGUUACAUUCAAACCAAAUCGAUUUGGAGGUCAAAAGAAUCAUAAUAGAGAUUGGAGUAAUGCUAUACGUGAACAUUUACAAGAUGAGGAUGUUGAUAUGGGGGUUAGUUCUGGGUCUGGUAGAAAUUUUAUUAACAAGAAGUACAACAAGGGAAAGAAAGGGAGGAAAGGAUCACCUAUACCUAAUAGUAGACGAAAAUUAUUAGAAGGUCCAACUAAUUGGUAUAAAGUUUCGAUUCCGCAUGGAGAUAAAUAUGAAAAAAGUUUUCUGUUAAAAACAUUAUUGGAGAAAGUAACCCCUUUACCAUUUUGGCCCAUAGCGUGGCAAGUGUACGGAACAACAAGCACCUUUUAUGUUGACGAUUAUAAAAUUGCUGAAAAACUUCUUAAUUUAGAUCGACAAAUACAGUUACCUAAUGGAUUUCGACUCAUUAUUCGAGUACAUCCUGGUUCACCUAACGUCGAUAUGAACUCGGCUACAAAAGAAAAAAUGAAACUCGUCAUGGCUAAACGUUACAGUGCAGGAAACAAAGCAUUGGACCUGACAAAAUUCCAUGCAGAUCCAGAAUUGCAAGAUUAUUUCUGUGCUUUAUUCAAACCAAUAGUGUUUUUAACCGUAGUUGAAAUUAUAGCGGAGAAUAUCCCAGAAUUAGAAGCCCUUAAUUUGUUUGAUAACAAAAUUUCAGUAUUAAGUUUUCUGAAGAAAUCUAUGAAAAAGAUACCUAAUUUGAAGAUUCUACACAUGGGAAACAAUAAGUUGAGAGAAAUGGCUCAGUUGGAUUCACUUCAAGGGCUCCCAAUUAUAGAUCUAGUCUUGAACGGAAAUCCGCUUUGUGACAAAUUUAAGGACCAGGCGUCUUAUAUUAGCGAAGUUCGGAAGAGGUUCCCCAAAUGUAUGAAACUGGAUGGCAUUGAUCUACCCCCUCCAAUAAGUUUCGAUAUUGCCGAAGAACACCAGUUACCAGAUCCUCAGCAAACAUUUUUAUGUAACGCUGAAGGCAGCUCUAUUAUACGCCAGUUUCUCGAGCAAUAUUUUCUUAUUUACGACACAGAAAACCGACAGCCUCUGUUGCAAGCUUAUCAUGAAAAUGCCACGUUUUCUAUGACGAUGGGAUACCCGUAUGGUUAUGGCAAAGAUAAAAAUGUGGCCUGGUUGAACUGGUAUGCCACAGACAAUAGAAAUAUCAUGAGAGUGCAAGACCCUGAGAGAAGGAAUAAAUUGCUGAAACAGGGCCAUUUAGCUGUUGUCUCGUUCCUACAACAAAUGCCCCUAACCAGGCAUGAUAUUCACGGCUUCACUGUUGAUCUCACUAUAUUUACACCUCAGAUGUUGUGCCUGACAGUGUCGGGUAUGUUUAAGGAAUUAAAGAGUGGCCAUAAAAUUCCACCAAUGAGGUUUUUCAUCAGGACUCUUAUCAUUGUACCUGCGGGUUCAGGUUUCUGUAUAGCCAACGAAGUUCUUCAUGUUACUAAUGCUACACCUGACCAGGCAAAGGAAGCCUUUAAAACUCCUGUAACGGUAGAACCCGCUCCAACAACUUCAGUUAAUAUAUCGGUGCCUGCAGUGCAAGCCACUCCAGCUGUGCCAGUGCCUGAUGAUGUUACCAAACAAGAAAUGAUUCAACAAAUGUCCACACAUUCUGGAAUGAAUUUGGAGUGGUCUUUGAAAUGUUUAGAAGAAACCCAAUGGGACUUCCAAAGGGCUAGUAUGGUUUUUCAGCAACUACAAUCACAGGGUGUUAUACCACCCGAAGCUUUCGUUAAAUGAUAUUUGGAAUACAUAUGUUUUCAAAAUUAAAAUAAUUGAUUUAUUGUACUUUUUUACUUUUUAAAUUAUACAUUAGUGUUUACUUAUAUUUUUUUAGUUGUUUGUAUAUAUACAGAUAGAAUAAUCGAAUAGUAGCAUUUUCUAGUUGUUUAUAAUUAUGUUCGUAGAUGAACAACCGAAAGUUAAUAUUUUCAAUUUUUCUGUUUUUAAUUUCUGUAGUUAUAUUUUCACCUUUUUAUUUUUGAAAUGAAA